AUGCGCCACUUCGACACCUGGAUCCUCCGCGACCCCUACUCCAUCUUUCACUACUAUCCCACCGGCAAACGAUGGCCAGAAUCCAUUCGCGAAUUGAUCCAAUCUCGUCAAAUUUGCAGUCCUCCCUCCUCUGCCAACAAUGAUGCCAUACCAGCAGCAAUACCAGCAGACAACACCUCCCAACCAACCAGCUCCUUCUUCCAACGUCUGCCCCCCGAAAUCCGCCUCAUGAUCUACGCCUACGUUUUCAACGACUCCCCCAACACCACUCCCACCCCCAAUGACUCUUACAACAAACACAACCAUCCACCUCGUCCAAAUCCGCAACAAAAUUCACCACCAAAAGCCACCGACACAAACAGCUCCCUCUACCCACACACCCACCCCUCCCUACCCCUUACCCUCUCGAAAAAUACCACCUCCCCACUCCUCACCUGCCGAGCCAUGUACCUCGAGUCCGCACCCCUGCUCUACUCCCUCACCACCAUCGACACGGACGACCUGUACACUUUCCUCUCGUUCAUUAAUACCAUCUCCCCCCACCUGCGGAAAUAUAUCAAGUCCCUCAUGGUGCAGUAUACACCCAUCUGGCAGCCCAUGGCGGGCCAGGAGUAUCCCUUCUCCGUGUAUACGCAUACGCAUAAUGAUAUGCUGUGGGGUGGGUUCUGGGAUGCCGUGGCGAGGAAGUGUCCCGGGUUGGAGAGGGUCCGGUUGGGGUUGGAUUUGGGGACCGUGUUUGCUGUUAAUAAUAACAUUGGAGGUGGAGGUGGGAUGUCGGUGACGGGUGGGAAUAUGGUCAGUUUUGGGACGGAGGAGGAGUGGGUGAGGCCGUUGUUACGUGUCAGGGGGUUGAAGAGUUUCGAGUUGGGGGUGAUGGUGAGGUGUGAUCGGUUGGCGAGACGCGUAUUGGAGAAUGGGUUGGUUAGGGAUGUGCAGGUUCUCAGGGAGAGGUUGAUGGAGGUGAUGUGUAAGGAGAGGGAUAGACAUGUGAACGAUGAGGAGGAUGGGGUGAGUGAACGGAGGAGGGGGAGGCUGGCUAUUAUGGCUGCUUGA